AUGGAGAUAGCAACAGAGGGUCACAACGUUCUUAUUCUUGGGCCAGCGGGCACUGGCAAAAGCUAUGUAGUCAAAAAAAUAGCCCAAACAAUGAAAAGUAGUGGGAAAAGAGUAGGUGUAACUGGCACGACAGGGAUGGCAGCAUCCCUGAUACAGGGCGUGACAGUGCACAAAUUUUUUGCCCUAAGGGAUGGUCGAUAUUCCAAUGAGGAAUUGACCAAUAAAAUAUUGACAGAUGUAAACUAUCAUGAUGUGAAAACUCGAAUUCUGUCUAUAGAUUGUGUGAUUAUAGACGAAAUAUCCAUGCUAUCUUGGAAGUUGCUAGAGCAAAUAGAAUAUGUUUGCAGACAUGUACGAGGGGUGAGCAAUCCUUUUGGAGGCAUACAGAUGGUUUUGGCUGGAGAUUUUUUUCAGCUGAAGCCAGUUGCUAACCAAAGAUAUGGAGAUCCGGGAGAUUUGGUUAUAUCAAAUACAAAAUUCAGAGAUCUUAUUCCUCAUCACAUAGUCUUGAAAAAGGUGUAUCGGCAAUCAGAAGAAAAAUUAAUUACUGCUAUUCAUGAGCUAAGUCGUGGAUUGGCUUCAGAGUCCACCAUUGAGUUCCUGAAGACUUUAGAAAGACCUCUUGUAACUGGUGUUCUAGUGAGACUAUUUUCACAGAACUAUGAUGUGGACAUAUGCAAUUCUGAUAACCUUCUUGAACUAACAGGAUAA